CAGCGCCCUCACUGAAAAGUUUAUAGUCUAUACACUCUGCGCAUUUUAACAAACAAGGCUAUCACAAUGGGAGAUCAAGAGCAAAAGGGACGUCAAUUAAUUCAAGAAGCCCAGAAGAAAAUGAGUUCUCCUGCUGGGAGGCUGAGCUCAUUCUUUGGAGGAGCAAUGUCAUCCAAGCUAGAAGAAGCUAGUGACCUUUAUGUCAGAGCUGGAAACUGUUUCAAGGUAGCCAAAAAGUGGAGUUUAGCCGGACAGGCUUUCUGUGAUGCUGGUUUAUGCCAGACAAAGAUGGACACUUCUCACAAUGCUGCACAGCACUAUGUAGAUGCCGGAAAGUGCUUUUGCAAAUGUGAUUGUCCAGAAGCGAUAAGGUGUUACACAAAAGCAGUAGAUUUGCUGACAUCUAAAGGCCGGUUUUCAAUGGCUGCCAAACAUCACAUCACAAUGGCUGAACUAUACGAGACUAAUAUCUUAGAUGUAGAUAAGGCUGUGGAGCAUUAUCAGAUAGCAGGUGACUACUAUGAUGCAGAACAGUCAACAGCCUCUGCUAACAAAUGCUACCUGAAAGUGGCACAAAACUCGGCAAAAAUGGAGCAUUACGAGCGAGCUAUAGAAAUAUAUGAAAAGAUUGGGACUGCAUCUAUAGACUCCACACUGCUCAAGUGGGGAGCCAAGGAACAUUUCUUCCGGGCAGCUCUAUGUCACAUGUGUGUUGACGUUCUCAAUGGUCAGCAUGCGCUGAACAGGUACGAGGAGAUGUUUCCUGCCUUCAUAGAUUCAAGGGAAUGCACAUUUCUAAAGAAGCUGCUUAUCGCUCUGGAGGAGGAAAGCGUCGAGGACUUCACAGAGAUAGUGAGGGCACAUGAUAAGAUCUCGCGGCUUGAUCCGUGGUUCACAACGAUGUUGCUGCGUAUAAAACGCUCUAUCAGUGAGGAGCCGGAUCUACGAUAGAAUGCAGUUUGCAGACAUCGCAACCUCUGAUAGAUCACAGGCGAUGCGCCGAUGGAGAGGGGGAGAAACAUGCUGUGUUCAAAAACGGUUUUAAUUGGUUGGAUUCCUUCGGAGUUUGCACAUUUACACAUACAUGAAUGGCCUAUUGUUUUUCGUUGUUUCUGCUGUGAUUAUCUGUCUAUACAAUAAUGAGUAUUAUAGGUACAGGAUAUAUGGGAGAAAAGGGUGGAUGAAAAAAUUGCAAUUUAUUUUGUUGGGGAUUUGUUGCCAAUAGAGUCGUGUGGUAGAUGUGUCAGAUGUAUAUACGUAUUAAUACUUGUGAAGCAUAUAGCUUUUGUGUAUGUACAUAACUCCUUGUAACUGAGCUAAAGUAAUUGUGUAAUAUGAACAGUAGAAGAAUUAUUAUGAGCUGAUCACUGUGGUUCAUUAUCUAAUGUAGCUGCACUCCCUAGCGAACUUGACCGCGGCCAAUCCGUGGAUAGGCUUUUGCGCGUUGGUAGUAGAAUUUCUCUUAUUUGUUCAACAUGUCUCUUCCACAAUCUACCUUCCUGUGUUUUAUCAGAAUAGGAAAGGGGACCAAGCGAUCCAACAAUUUUGCCAGUAACCCAUUUGUCGCUUCCUCUGUAAUCUCUGACUAACACUGUUUUACCAAUUCCGAAUUCUGUAAUCCACUUUGUGUCGUUUGCCUUUCGGACACUUUUCGCUUUAUAUCAGGUUUAAUCAAGGCAAGUCGCGUUCUCAGGUUUCGCUUCAGGGGUAACUGUUCAGGACUAACUCCUGUCGUUGCAUGAGGUGCGUUCUUGUAGUACAUCAUGAAAUUGUCCAAUUUCAGUUACUUGUCAUCCUUAUAAAACUUGGCAGUUUUCAGCCCGUUCUUGAACGAUUGCACAAAUCGCUCAGCGAAGCCAUUAGUGGCGGGAUGAUAAGGUGCAGAAUUAACAUGUGUUACUCCUUCUGACCAUUCCCAUGAGUGUAGUGGUGCUUUAGGUGCUUCCUUUUGCACCAGUUGACAUCCUGGGCAUGACUUCGCUAUCGCUUCAUCCUGCUAGUCCAUUCUAGGCCACCAGAAGUAUCCGCGUGCAACUGACUUCAUUUGCACUACACCGAGAUGUUCCUUGUAGCUUUGGGGGUAUCACAACUUGAUUUCCCGACAAAACACAAUCUUCAACCAGAAACAAUUCAUUGCGUCGUCUGUAAUCCGCUUCAAAUUCAGGCUCCCGUUUGCUAGGCCAGCCAUAUCGUACAUACAUAACAACAUGCGAUAGUGUCCGGUCACAUCGUGUUUGUUCCUUAAUUUGUUUUGAUAGAUACAGGCAGUACAGCGAAACAGUCAGUGUGGAACAGCUUCCAGUCGUCUGGUUUCUCAGAUUUACUCACUUUGCAUGGCAAAGGUAAUCGCGACAGUGCGUCCGCGUUAGCUUGAUCCACGCUUUGUCGAUAUUGUAUCUCGUAGUCAAAUCCCCUCAAAUAUAUCACUUGUCACGUCAAUCUCGCAGCCGCUGUAGUUGGAAUUUUUUUCGACGGGUUGAACAACCGCGUAAGUGGUCGAUUGCCCGUUAGCAGCGUAAAUUUUCUUCCUAUCAGGUAUGAAAAUUUCUGAACACCUUAGACAAUUCCAAGCGCUUCGUUGUCUAUUUGUGCAUAGUUCUUUUCCGCUAUGGACAAACUGCGAGAUGCGAACGAAUGCGACAGGUCUCUCUUCUCCUCCCAUAACGUGCGAUAAUACAGCACCUAUACCGUAGCUAGUUUUAUCGGUAAUUUUGGAUUGUAGUGUGCCAACACUUGCUCUUCCGCAAUCCUUAACUUGGCCCUUUUGAAAGCGUCCUGGCACUCCUUUGUCCAUUAUCAAGUCUUUUCCCUUUGUAGCAACUGAUUGAGGGGGUAAAUUGCUGACGAGAGGCAGGAAUCUAUGAUAAUAGUUCAACAAACCAAAGAACGAACGAAGUGUCUGGACAUCCGUCGGUGCAGGUGCGUUUACUAACGCGUCCACCUUAUCCUGUGACUUACGCAAACCGUCCCUGUCGAUGAUGUGACCCAUAAAUGCCACACUAGGCUGCAAGAAUUUACAUUUCUUUGCGUUCAGCACUAGCCCGUGUUCGCUAAGCCGUGUGAAGACUCUCUAAUCUUGUCAAGUGCUCCCCAUCGUUUCAGUCAUGAAUAUGUCAUCCUAGAUGAAUUCGACUCCAGGAAUUCCUUGUAGAACCUGUUCCAUUAGCCGUUGUCACAUUCCAGUCGUGGGUUUGGCCCCGUAUUGGAGCCUGCUCACUCGGUACAGACCCUUGUGCGUGUUUAUGAUGGCAAGUCCUUUGACUUAUCGUCCAUUUCCAAAUGCAGAUGCGCAUUUUUCAGAUCGAAAUUGGUAAACUUCUCGCCGCCAGCUAACUUUGCGAAAACAUCCUCAAUCCUGGGCAUUGGGUGUUUGUCUGGGCGCAGCACUGGGUUUAAGGUUACACUGUAGUCUCCGCAUAAUCUUACAUAUUUAUCAGCCUUAAUAAUUGGCACAACAGGCGUGGCCCAAUCACUGAUAAUGUUUAUUUUUCCCAGCUUUUCCAACUCCAAUUCCACCACGGGGCGAAUGGAGUAAGGCACACGUGUUCCUUGCCUUGCAGAAUUUCGGAGUCGCGUUCUCCUCCAGGUGUAGUCGCCCUACAUUCCCCUUUAAAUGUCCAACCUUGUCGGAGAACAAUUCCGGGAACUUUUCGAUCAGAUUGUUAACACGCCCUUGCCUCGUUUCGUCUGUGCGUGACGUCACGUUCGUAGUCGCGUAUACUUCCAUGCCGAAUAUCUCGUUCCACAGUAGUUUGAUCUUUCCCAGCCACGAUAUACCGAAUAAGAGAGGCCCUCCCUUUUCUACAACGUAUAUUUCGUGGUUCACCUCAUGAACAUUGUAGGUAAUGUGCACCUUGUAUGAACCGAGACACUUAAUUCUCUCUCCUGAAUACGUUGCGAAAUCGUCCUUAGCGUCGCCUAGCUUCGCGUUAUUGAAAUACUUCAUGGAAUCUUGUUGGUUCAUGAUGUUGUAUGAAGCCUCCGUGUCCUGUUCCAUUGGAACCUUAACGUCAUUUAGAUUGUGAUCAACGUCAUUUGCCUUGUUGAUGAAUUUACCUUAUUUACUCGCAUGUGCUGAAUGCCGCUGUAUUGUAAAUCAUCAGAUUCAUCUGACUGUUGGUCAACAUUGUGAACCGUUCGCUGUUGUUGUUUUCUGCGAUCGGUUUAUUGGGUUUUCUUCGCCCUGCUGUUUUUCUUUUUGAAACAAGCUUUCUCAAUGUUGGCCUCAACUGAACAAAAGUUACAUUUCGUUUUUGCGGAACCUACAUUUAUCUAAUGCGUGCCCUGAGCCAUCGCACCGGUAACGAUGUGUGUUGUUAGUUGACUUCUAAAAUCUAUGUGUGUGUGCAGCGCUCUUUUUUUUAACGUAAUCUACAUGUGCGUACAUCUAAUAUAUUCUAUUAUUAUUCAUUCCUCAUACCCCGUCAGUAGUUAUAUCCCGCGAAAAACGGUUAAGUUACUAUUAUAGACGUUCAAAUUAAAAACAAUUAGAUUGCACUCGUUUUUUUGCAUUCAUGCAUGAUUGACAUUCUAGUUCAUCUUUUAGCUGAAAGAUUUCCCGUAAAAACGCAUUACUUGCCUAACGCGGGUCAUGACUGUUCCAGAAAGGCGGAACCUAGCGUGAGAACGUUUAAAAAGUUAUGAAAAUAGACAUAGACAAAACAGCGUGCAUUGGCAAUAUAAUGUUAAAUAUGUAUCAGAAUUUGCGAAUUUUGAAAAUGUUUUGUUUGUUGCAGUCUGUAAAAAAAAGAUGCAUCACGAUAAUCGUAUGGUGUUUUUUUCAAGUUAUUGUCAGAACCCUUGUACGAUUGUCACGACUGCAAUAAAAUAAUUUAUUGAA